AUGCGUUUCACAAAGACCACUCCUCUCCUCCUUAUCGCCACCACCUUUUCCCUCACCUACGCCGCCGCUCUCCCGCCUGAUGACCAACGACUCCCUCAGCCUGUGACUGACAACAAGGACGCCGCCCCAUUCAACUUUAACACCGACGGCAACGGCAAAUUCUAUUACAAUGGGGGCGGCGACGAUGACAAUGACGACGACGACGACGAUGAUGAUGACGAUGACGACCAGUUCGAGGCCCCAGACUGCGACGACGCAGACGAUGUGUUGGAGGGAGAGUGCGGCAAUCUCCUCAACGGUGAAGGCCGUCCCGUGCUGGAGGGUGACGGCAGUGUAGCGCAGAAGGGGGCUCCGCCGCGCAAGGAGCGCAUCAAGGUGCGCAGGAGCCUGAAGCUUCAUCGUCUUCGUCGUCGCAAUGCCAUCAAGGACGAUGAUCAUGAUCACGACGACAAAGACGACCACGACCAUGACCAUGAUGACGACACGCCGGCGGAGAAGGCUCGCGAGAAGGAGGAAGACCGUCUCGAAGACCUGCGGGAUGCCGAGGAGGAGGCUUUGGAGAAGUUGAAGAAGGGCCCGAAUCAUCGCCGCGAUGAAGACGACUCCCCAGCGGAGCGGGCUCGUGAGAAGGAAGAGGACAAGAAGGAAGAUUUGCGGGAUGCGGAGGAGGACCGCUUGGAGCGUGAGCGCAAGAAGCAGGGUAAGGGGCAUCCACACGACGACGACGACGACGACGAUGAUGAUACUCCUGAGGAGAAAGCCCGCGAACGCGAAGAAGAUCGGCUCGAGGACCUGCGUGAUGCGGAGGACCGUUAG